CGUUGGAGCAGCAGCAGCAGGGGCGGAAAAGGCGGGAGGAGUUUGCCGCUUCCGCGUCCGCGUCACAGUAGCAGAAGCACAAAAUACAAGGGCAAAAUGGAAGAUAAGUUAAUUUUAGCUGUAUUUAACUACCCAGAGUUGUACAACGUCACUUUACCGAAUUACCGUUGCACGGAAAGUCGCAUAAACGCGUGGAGAAACAUCAGCAUGGCACUUGGUCACCCAUCCCAGGAGUGCAAAAGAAAAUGGAAAAACCUGAGAGACCGCUACCUGAAGGAGGUCCGAAUGGAGCUCAAGAGCAAGAAGCAGGGCGAGUUUGUACAAAGCAAAUGGAAAUACAGACAGCUGAUGAACUUUAUCGGCCCCUUCACCGGGUCCAGAGUGGGCGUGAUGGACCCCUGUGGCAACGAGGACGACAACGAACACGAAUCCGGUAGCGCGGAGGGAGACGCCACUCUACCAGAGUCGAUUAAGACGCCUUCAAAUAUUCCAAAAGCUGCUGCGAGUCCGCCUGAGCAAAAAGCUCCCCUGGCCUUCGUAACGCAGCUCCCCACGCUGUCCCAGGACACAGAGCUGACCCAGCUGGCCAUGGUGGCCAAGAUGACCCCCGUCUCCCAGAUAACCCCCGCCAGCACCGCUGGACGCAAACGGACUUUGUUGUCGACGUCGUCGUCUUCUCCCCAGAGCGCGGACCCGUCGGCGAAGUGGCAGGCGAAGGACGGGGGCGGCCCGUUCUCCACCAGGCCGCGGCAGGACGAGGACGAACUGUUUCUGCUGAGCUUCGUUCCCGCUCUGAAGCGUCUGGCCCCGCAGAAGAGGUGCGAGACGAAGAUGAAGAUCCAGCAGAUCAUGUACGAAGCCGAAUUCAACGUGCAGGACAAAAAGGCGCCGCAAGAGACGUAGAGACGGCGAAAGUCUCGAUAAAUCCUCUUUUCCUGGCAGUCCAGCGCGGUUCAGGCUAAGCUGUCUUUUAUAUAGAGCUGCGCGUUUUGAUUUGUGUAUUUAUUAGACGACUCCUGCGGUGAUAAAUGAGUAAUAAACAAACAAAAGACAACUCAUAACUUCUUCAUAAAGCUUUACUGUCAGUCCAGGAAAUGAACAAUUAGAAAAGUUAUCCCGUUUUCAGAUAGGUUUCAUUUUAAUCUUUGUAAUCUACAAUAUUUUACAUUUAAUUACAGUGAAAAUCAGGAGAAAAACGUUUGAAAGAAGGGAUUUAAUCUGCUAAGAAGCAGAACAAACAAUCCAUUAUGUACUUGUAAUGAUAGCAGUUCUGGUAGUUGGGCCUUUCUGAUAAAUCACAGAGACAAAUAAUCAGGAAAGUGCUCAAAACGUCACCAAUCUGGGUACAAACCAGUACGCAACGACCCAAAGAAUAGAAAAAGGGGCGAGCACUCAACUUUCUUUUUAAGGCUUGAAUAAAACCCGUCUGAUUUGGGUCACUAAAUUAAGACUUGUGUUUUGGAAACCAGGACAAA